AUGAACGACUUGUUUGGAGACCUGCCCGGUGUGCUCAUCUAUUUUGAUGAUUUCCUUGUAACGGGUGAAACGGAGGAGGAACAUCUCACCAACCUUACGUUGCCGUCUCCAUUACUUGAAGCUUCAGUUAAAGAAGUGCAAGUUCUUUCUCCAGGAGCUCCCGUGGCUAGGCCAUGUCAUUGGCCAAGGAACUUUAAAGCCGGACCCUCUCAAAAUUUCAGCAAUUGUGAUUCAAAUCACCUGAUGCCUGAUCAGAUCGAAAAGAAGCUGUUGGCGGUCCAGUUUGGACUCAUGCGCUUCCGGCAGUACGUCUAUGGCCAAAUGGUGGUGGUUGAAACCGAUCACAAGCCGUUGAUUGGCCUCCUGGACAAUCCCAUUGCUUCUUGUUCCCCGAGAAUCCAGCGGAUGCGUCUACAACUCCAACGAUUUGAUUUCAAGCUAAUCUACAAGCCGGGCAAGGAGCUGUUUAUCGCCGACACACUUAGGCGGGCUCCGUCGCCCCGCCUUUUUACCGAUGACGUCACUCAAGACUGUGAGGAGCAGUUUGCUGCAGCAACGACAGCAGAUCCAACUCUCCGUAUCCUGAAAGAAGUCCUUCGUCGUGGAUGGCCUGAUCACAAGGCCCAGUGUCCGGUGUCCGUAAAACCGUUCUGGCCAGUACGCCACCACUUGUCUGAAGCUGAUGGUCUGCUACUCAAUGGCAGCCGGUUGGUGGUUCCGAUUUCGCUUCGGCAGGAAGUGUUGGCCGGAAUCCACGACGACCAUUUUGGAGAGGUGAAGUGCAUCUUACGGGCAAAAUCGGCCGUUUAUUGGCCCGGGUGUGACGAGAAAAUUUGCAACAUGGUGGCCAGCUGUUCGACCUGCCAAACGCAUUGCCAUCGAAACCCAGUGCAGCCUCUUCGUCCAGUGCCGUUGCCGGUUCAUGCCUUUCAGUGGGUGUCGGCUGACAUUUUUCUGCAUGGUGGCGUUCACUACCUCCUGGUUGUUGACGCAUAUAGCAAGUGGCCAGCAUGCGUUCCAUUGCGCAGUUUAUCGUCGUCGUCCGUCGUCGCCGAAAUGGAACGCAUAUUUAGUGACUUUGGCGUUCCGGAAAUCGUCAUGUCAGACAAUGGCUCUCAGUUUGAUUGCGCCGAAUUUCGAGAGUUCUGCGAGGGCCGUGCAGUUCGGUCAGUGACGUCCAGCCCAACCUACGCACAGUCCAAUGGUCUGGUGGAGCGCCACAUACAGACAGUGAAAAAGACGCUCCUAAAAAUGUUUACGGAUGGCCGGUCUCUAUGGGAGGCCUUGGCGGCCAUUCGGUCAACUCCAAUAUCGUCGGAACUGCCGUCUCCAGCAGUGUUGUUGCAGGGACGCCACCUUCGUGACAGCUUGCCGUUUUUGCAGGAUCGUCUGGUUCCACAGUUUGUACCUGCCAAGUUCGUUCACGGCCAGCUCCAGCGUCGUCAGGCUACGGCUUGUUUUAAUCACAGCGGUCGUCCGGAUGUUCGUGGGUUGGCGCUCAUUAUCGGUCAACGUGUCCGGGCGUUCGUCUCUGGAUUGUGGUUACCAGGUGCCGUCGAAGCUGUUUGCAGCGAGUCUGACUCAUACGUCGUUCGGCUGGCAGACGGGCAAGCUUUUCGGUCGGACGCGCCGUGA